GUAUAUACGGGGAAGACGAAGAGACGAUUCCAAAUUAACCAGUUUCGCGGCUACGUCUUUCGUGCUAAUUCUUUUUCAGUUUUUAUUCAAUCUCCUCAUCCUCUAAAUGGCCGAUUUUUUAAAGUCAGCUGCUAAUUAUUUUAGUGCUAACAGUAACUAUAAUGGCGCUGCAGAGAAUCCUCUCAUCGGCGCUUUGGUCCAUGUCAAUUCGGUGCAGCUUCGGAUAAAACGUCAAAUUGGAGAAGGUGGAUAUGCUUUUGUUUUUAUUGCCCAAGAUGUACAGAGCGGCCAAGAUUAUGCUUUAAAAAGACUUAUUGCAGCUGAUUCAGAUGCUGUCAAAAGCAUUAUACAGGAAGUAGCUUUUUUGAAAAAACUAGCUGGUCAUCCUCAUGUGAUCAAUUUUAUUUCUGCCUGCUGUAAUGAUAGAGGAGGAGGUUCAAAAGAGUACUUGGUGGUUACUGAGCUGUGUUCAGGAGGAACUAUGCUUGAUGCAUUGAGAGUUCGAAACACACCACUUUCCCCAGAAGAAAUAACUUCUGUGUUCUGGCAGACCUGUAAAGCUGUUCAAGCUCUUCACAGCCUGGAUCAACCCAUAAUCCACCGUGAUCUUAAAAUUGAAAAUUUACUACUCACUGCGGAAGGUGUUAUCAAAUUGUGUGACUUUGGGAGUGCUACAACCCAGCAAUAUUUUCCUGGUCCAGAUUGGUCAGCAUCUCAGCGUGGUUUACUUGAAGAAGAAAUGGCGAAGUAUACCACGCCAGUGUACCGUGCCCCUGAAAUGAUCGAUACGUGGAGUAAUUUUCCUAUAACUCCCGCAGCAGACAUUUGGGCUCUAGGAUGCGUACUCUAUGUGCUUUGCUAUCAAGUGCACCCUUUUGAAGAUGGGGCAAAGUUGCGGAUUCUCAACGGCAACUUUAUGCUACCGAGCAAUGACGGUCGAUACGAUAUCUUUCACGAUAUUAUCCGUGGAAUGUUGAAAGUGGAUCCACGAAUGCGUUUAACGAUAACUGACGUUCUUGACCGUCUUGCAGCUAUAGGAGAAACUCGAGGAUAUCAGUUGAAAUGUGGACUUAAAUUGAGCCUACCAAUACAAGCAGCCAUGCCGCUACCGCAAAGUCGCCCGAGCGCGCCAAUCGCAACACAAGGAUCGCCUCAGCCACCACGCCGCCCUCCACCUCCGAAUCCCUCUGCCAACCAUCAUCCUACUCCUGCUCCAACUUCGCAUUUAACGACUGCUUCUCAACCUACAUUAGGAUUAUUAUCUUCUUUAAAAGGAGGAGCAGGAAGUCUUUUUAAAAACCUCAAGGAUACAUCCACGAAAGUGAUGCAAACAGUGCAGCAAAGUAUGGCACGCUUGGAGCUUGAUUUUAGCUAUGUCACUUCGCGGUUGAUCGUUACAUCAUUUCCAGCUGAAGGAAUUGAAUCGGCAUAUCGCCACCACAUUGACGAUGUCCGAAAUGCUCUCGAUGCCCGACAUGGGGUACAUUAUACAGUGUACAAUGUUUCCGGACGUUCAUACCCGUCUACCAAGUUCAACAAUUUGGUUUGUUGUGGUUGGCCUCAGCGUCAUGCUCCGUCAUUGAGAACUUUAUAUGCCCUGUGUAAAAGCAUGUAUAAUUAUCUUGACCGAGACCCAAAGAAUGUGUGCGUCCUUCAUUGCAUGGAUGGAAAAGCAUCUUCAGCAGUGGUUGUAGCAGCGCUUUUUCUUUAUACUCAGUUGUUCCGUUCUAUUGAAGAAGGAUUGCAGAUGUUCGCCGUCAAACGCUGCCCUCCCGGUCUGAACGCGUCCCAGUAUCGCUAUCUUAACUAUUAUUUGAGCCUGUUUGCUGAACCACAGCCUGCACGGCCUCACCACAAACCCGUCACUCUGGCUACCCUCACAUUGAGUCCAGUACCAUUGUUUACGAAAAACCGAGACGGGUGUCGACCUUAUGUAGAAAUUCUUCAAGGUGAUCAACGGCUUCUCUCCACGUUGAUCGAGUACGAACGGAUGCGCGUUUAUCACGUUUCAGAGAAUAAAAUUAUACUGCAGCUGAACACAACUGUAUGUGGCGAUAUUACUGUUGCAGUCUAUCACGCCCGUAAUACACUUGGAGGAGUUGUACAGGGAAGGCCAGCCGGGCUUAAAAUAUGUCAGUUUCAAAUCCAUACUGGUUUCAUUCAUGAGGAAGAAACAACUCUACGAUUGUCACGUAAUCAACUUGACGAAGUGGCCAUCAAUGCUGAGAUUGGGGACCUACAUGGACCCAACUUCACAGCAUCACUUAGCUUUUUCGUACUUGAUCAAGAGCGUACGGUUCAACCAGAACCCUGGGGCGCGUGCGACAACGCUGCUAAAAACGCAAUGGUACUAUUUGCAUCUCGAGAAGAAAUUAACGAAGUCUUUGAUACGUUUUGCGAUGUAACCGUGAGUAAUCCCAGUGAUGUAGAAGCAUCGUGUAAACCCAUCCAGGUUGGGGAUGUUGAAGAGCAUGUUGCCGACAGACAGCCUACCUUGGUUGGCAAGUCAGUCAGUCCUGUACGGCCUUCUUCUCCUAUUCAGGAGUUGAAUGUAGAUCUGUUGAAUUUGGGAUCUGAAUCUACAAGUUCAUUACCUAACCGAUCGUUGGCCAAUGAAGAAUGCGGGUUAUUGAAUUUGACAUCCGACACAUCUGGUAAUAUUUUGACCGAGAACCGAGGUGGUCACAAUGGCGACUUUCUUCAGGACUUAUUUCACUCCUCGAAUGAAUCAUCAGCUGCAAAUUUAGCUUUUCUUCCAACCGCAGCCCCAGCCAAUCCUUUCUUUACUUUGGACCCAUUUGAUCCCUUAGCAGGAACGGCUGCAGGCGUUGCAUCAACUCCGAUUAAUAAUUUGAGUUCUUCGAACAGCUUUAGCAAUUUUGCCACUGUUCAGCAGUCUCAACCGCCUGACGAAUCUCUUUUGGGUAACUGGGAUUCAAUACUUAAACAGCCUUCAAAUGGCGGAGCUCGGCCAAUGACAUUACCCAACAUUCCUCGCAAUUCGAGCACCCCUAAUUUGGAAACUAAAGCUAAGGACCCACUCGCUGAUUUCGGAAAUCUAAUUGGGCUAACUGGAGCAGCAAAUACCAAUACUGCCAAGGCACCGGCAUGGGGCCCAUCUUUGAAUACCAAUCCGCCCAUUAAUAUUGGAUUGGCGAAUCCGGCUACCGGUUUCUCCAAUUUUCCAACAGCGCCGGGUGCGUCGUUUACGAGCCCGUCAACGUCGUUAAGUGGGUCACCUCUUCAUAAGCCACAAAACGUAUGGUCGAAUAGUGUGCCACCACAGACUACUCGCCCACAUCCCACCUCAAACUCUUCGGCAUCUACAAAUUCUUCCACUCAUCAUCCUGUCAAAACACCUGGCGAAGCCCAAGCUGAUUAUUCUAGAACAAAUUUUGACUCAGUUUUUGGUCGCAACGAUUACAGUAAAGGAGGUGGCGGCUUACCGAGACCUAAAGUGGCUGGUGAUAUGUUUGGGGAUUUGCUAGGAACCCAGGGUUUCGAUUUCACUAGCACGAAGAGAGAUGCUGGUCCUAAAACCAUAAAUGCCAUGCGUAAAGAGGAACUAGCGAAAGACAUAGAUCCAGAUAAAUUGAAGAUAAUGGAAUGGACGGAAGGGAAGCAACGUAAUAUUCGAGCUUUACUUUGUUCUCUUCAUACUGUUUUGUGGGAGGGCACCAAAUGGCAAGAGGUGGGGAUGCAUCAGCUGGUAUCGCACACGGAUGUCAAGAAAAUGUAUCGUAAAGCUUGCCUGGCAGUUCAUCCGGACAAGCAGGCUGGAACUGACAACGAGAAAAUUGCGAAGAUGAUUUUUAUGGAAUUGAACGACGCCUGGUCCGAAUUUGAAAACGAUGUAACACAGCAAAACAUGUUUCGAUAACAGAUACAUUCCUCCAUUCUUCAUAGUUUACGAGCGUUGAUUGUUCUAUUUACGUGUUUAUAAUUGUCUAGCUUGGGCUAUUAAACUCAGACGAAAAGCCCAUGAUCUAGUCGUAACUUGGAAUCGAUGUCUCUCCCUACCGUCCCAUACUUCCUUUCAGAUUCAGCUACAAUAGCUUGCAUCACGUUUUUAGAGCUUUUUUCAACUGCUUUUCUUCUUUUUCUUCUCCGUGAUUUUAAUUGUUCUUUUGUUUCUACUACGGAGAAGUCGUCUCCGCCGGUUAAAGUUUAAUUCCUACCGGUUUUCAAGAAGUAAUACACGUGUCUGCAUCAUCGUCAA